AUGAGUUUAGUGCAACUGCCAGCGAUGUUCAACAAUCACCACCAUAACGCCUCGUACCAACAGGGCCACCUCCGGUCCCGCUCCUAUAACGAGAUGUUGACGCUGUUCAACGCAUCGCAUUCCGAUCUUGUCAAACAGCUGACGGAAGGGCUUGCUUUUUAUGACCAGAAACGGUCUAGAACAGCCCCUCCUUCUCCCCCCUACGAAAUCAACAAUAAGUUCGGUCCUGGAUCCGCACUCUCUGUAUCCAGUUCCUCAACUGAUAAGCUCAUCACCAGUAAUGUUAUCAGACCCAACCCCAACCUCCGCUCACGUUCCUUGCUGCCCUCCAAGAAGCUUCCCAGCAUUUCUGCAGCAUUGCAAUCGACCAAGUCCUCCUCGAUUCGAUUGAAACCCGUCAUCACUCCUCCCACUGUGUCUCUCGAUUACUUUGACACCUACAAACCCAACGACGAAAACUGGAGAUACGAAUUGCUCGACACCAUUAACAAGGAUUCAAAAUAUUUCCACUUGAACCAAUACAACUACUUGAAUAAAUACGCCACUUCAGCCAAAUACCAGCUGCAACUGCAACAGCAUUCCAUUAACUCGAUCAGCUCUAAGAUCGCUAACCAACGUCCAUCUCUUCCCAGUGUCAGCUCUAUCUGCCACGAAAAAAAAAUCAACUUCCCUUUCGAAUCCAACUACACUUACUUGAACAAAACCUACAUGAACGACGUCGAAAAGUAUCCCGAAUACUUGGAAUUGGCCCAGUCUUUGAUCCAGUUGUCGCAGCCACCUGUUACACCUCCAACAUCGUACUCGCCAAACUCUUCUGCUGCACCUCCUCCAACCCGCUUGCCAAUAGUCAAACCACUGCAAUAUUCCCAUCAAACCUACACGGAAGCACCUGUACCUGUAGUAUAUCAUCAAAGCGGAACAAUAACUCCUCCAGCAUCUAGAUUGCCUAGCAUCCAAGCCAACAACCAUUCGCCUGAAUUGGUUACUUUGCACCAUGCUCCUGUCCAAGUCCAACCUCUUGCCACCCCUGCUGCUCAGCAGAGUCACAAAUUCAUCCCCAUCACCCCACCAUCUUCCAAGUCCAAGUCGAGAACUGAGUUGUUGAAGUCUCCACCCAAACAUCAUUACAACCACCACAGCCCCAGAGUAUGUAUUUCUUGUGGAUCGGAUCAAUCGCCAUGCUGGAGACCUUCAUGGUCGAUCAAGGAAGGACAAUUGUGUAACUCUUGUGGACUCAGGUACAAGAAGACAUCUGCCAGAUGUCUCAAUAACAACUGUAAGAAGAUCCCAGCCAAAGGCGAGUGGUCGCUUAUGCAAAGCAAAGGCAAGACCAUGUUUGAUGAUGGCCACGACGGCUACAGCUGCUUAGAGUGUGGCUGGAGAGUCGAAAUCAAGACUUAAACUAAAUAUCUAAUACUGUCGCGCCAUCUUAAGAUUACAAGUAUGGCCAGUACUAGACGACACAAGCGUCCAGGGUUUCUCCUAAGGUUUAUUGGGGAGCCAACAACAUGCAUUCGUCCGUUGAAGGACUAAACCUGUACUAUGAUGUAUAUUUAAUUCUUUUAGUUUCUAGAAAACAGUUUAAUGGUAAUUAAUAGUUAUG